AUGCGGCUGCACGAAGACCUGCAGCAGCUCAAUGUGGACUAUUUUUGUCAAGUCGCAGGGUGCCGCACAGUCCCUGUGGAAUUGGGUGCCCGAUACACCGAUGAGGAAUGGUCUCAGAAGCUCAUGACUGUCAGUGACUUCAUCAGCCAGUAUAUUGUGAAUGAGAACCAUCUAGGAUACCUUGCCCAGCACCAGCUUUUUGAUCAGAUUCCAGAAUUGAAAGAGGAUAUCAGUAUCCCUGACUACUGCUGCCUGGGGGAAGGGGAAGAAGAUGACAUCACCAUUAAUGCUUGGUUUGGUCCAGAAGGCACUAUCUCACCUCUUCACCAGGAUCCCCAGCAAAAUUUUUUAGCCCAGGUAUUUGGAAGAAAGUAUAUCCGUCUAUAUUCACCACAAGAUUCAGAAAACCUGUACCCGCAUGAAAGCCAAAUUCUUCACAACACUAGUCAGGUUGAUGUGGAAGAUCCUGACUUAGUUAAGUUUCCCAAUUUCAGAAAGGCUGCAUUUCAGUCCUGUGUUCUGAUGCCCGGACAAGUUCUGUUUAUUCCAGUUAAAUACUGGCACUAUGUACGAUCACUUGAUAUCAGCUUCUCUGUCAGUUUCUGGUGGUCAUAG